AUGCACGCAACAGCAGCAGCUCGCCUCAGCGCUGUUCGCAGCCUGCGGCCCUUGGCUUGCCGCUUCCAGCCGAGCUCCCUACCGCAAGUUGCUGUUCGAAGAUUCUCAGCAUCAGCCGGCCGUAGCUACGAGUAUAUCGAAGUAUCAGAACCUCGGCCGGGUGUUGGUCAGGUAACCCUCAACCGGCCGAAGACGCUCAACGCGCUCUGCUCGCCGCUCAUCGCCGAGCUCAACACGGCGCUGCGCGCGUUCCAGUCUUCGCCUACGGUCGCCGCCGUCGUCCUCACGGGCUCCGAAAGGGCUUUUGCCGCCGGGGCCGACAUCAAGGAGAUGGCGCCGCUGACCUUCAGCGAGGCCUACAGCACGGCAUUCAUCGAGAGCUGGUCGGACCUGACGACGGCGCUCAAGAAGCCGCUCAUUGCCGCCGUGUCGGGCCACGCGCUCGGCGGCGGGUGCGAGCUCGCGCUCAUGGCCGACAUCAUCUACUGCACCACCAGCGCCAACUUUGGGCAGCCCGAGAUCAAGCUGGGCACGAUCCCCGGCGCCGGCGGCAGCCAGCGUCUGACACGGGCGGUAGGUAAGAGCAAGGCGAUGGAGCUGAUCCUGACAGGCCGGACCUUUAGCGGUGAGGAGGCGGAGCGGUGGGGGGUCGCGGCGCGCGUGUUCCCGAGUCACGAGGCGCUGAUGGAGGGCGCGCUCAAGACGGCCGAGACCAUCGCCGGCUACUCCAAGAUCGCUGUGCAGGCCGCCAAGGAAGUGGUUAACAAGAGCCAAGAUUUGGCGUUGCGGGACGGCGUCGAGUACGAGCGCCGCGUGUUCCACAGCCUGUUCGGCAGCCAGGACCAAAAAAUCGGCAUGAAGGCAUUCGCAGAGAGAAAAAAGCCCGAGUGGAGCCAUCAGUGA